AAGAACAUCAACGUCUCUUUCAAUGGCGACAUUCAAAUUUCAAAUCUCUGAAACCUAAUAAGGCAACAAGACAACCAACAGCCUUAAAUUUCCACUUUCUUCAAUUUCAAGCACAGAUACUCUUCAUUUCUCAUCUCUGCAAUUCUUCUCAUUCUCGCUAUGGCCAUGGCUCUCAGAUCCAUUGAUAAUGUUCCGCUGGUUACGCCAAAAAUGCCGAAGAAACAAACCAAUGUGGCGGCGGAUCCAAUCCAGAAGCGAAACGAUGAGAAUCAGAAUCCGGUUCCUCCUCCUGCAGACGCCGCCAUUGAUUAUGUUUCUUCUGAGAAUCUGAAGCCCUUGACGAACCCUAAUUCUAAUGAUUUCAUUGAAGGAUUGGAUUCGAAAGAUUGGGUGAAGGUCUGCGAAUCGCUCAAUAAUGCUAGGCGUCUCGCGCUAUUUCACUCGGAUCUCUUGCUGCCCUCGUUAGAGAAAAUUAUAGCGGUACUGAUUAAAUCGAUGAAAAACCCUAGAAGUGCUUUAAUCAAGACCUCAAUUAUGGCUUCAUCCGACAUUUUUAACUCGUUUGGCGAUCGUUUACUCGACGCAUCCACCAGCAAUGCAUUUGAUCAAUUGCUGCUUCAAUUACUUCUCAAAGCUUCUCAAGACAAAAAGUUUGUGUGUGAAGAAGCAGACAAGGCACUGAAAGCUCUAGUGCAAUCCACGACUCCUCUGCCUCUGCUGCAGAAACUUCGGCCAUAUGUUUCCCAUUCCAACCACAGAGUCAGAGCCAAAGCCGCCAUUCCAAUCUCUGAUUGUGUCUCUAAGAUGGGUCUGGAAGAAAUGAAGCAACAUGGGAUUGUUCCAUUGCUUCAGAUGGCCGCAGAUUUGUUAAACGAUAGGCUACCUGAGGCAAGGGAAGCAGCUCGGUGUAUUGUGAUGGGAAUGUUCAGAGCAUUGACAGAGAAUGAAGAACAGAAACAGGAAGCUUGGCAAAGCUUGUGCCAAGCUAAUCUGUCGCCCAUUCAUGCUCAGUCCCUGCUCAAAGUUGCUACCUCCUCUCAGUAGCAAGCAAAUAUUGUGAAAGAGAGAGCUUUAGGAGUAAGGUUCUUCUUACACUACUCUUACUGUGCUUCCUUACAAAUUAGUUCUUGUUCUCUUCUUUCCCUUCGCCUUUGUUGGUGUGGAAGAAAGGCCGAAGACAAU